CGAAGGCCUGGGAAAGAAAGAGCCCGCAAUCCUCACUAACAACAACAAAAAUAUCGUUUUCAUGUCUGAUGCUCCAUCCGCGUAGCUUCAAAAAGAAAGAACAUAUAUUUUAAAGGUUACUAAACCCUCGAUGACCAAAUGGUUUGUGACAAAUGCCAGAAAAAGUUAGGAAAAGUGAUUACUCCGGAUCCAUGGAAAAGUGGGGCGAGAAAUAAUACUGAAGGGGGAGGAAGAAAAGUUGGAGAAAAUAAACUUUUAACCCAGAAGAAAAACAGGUUCAACCCUUAUGCAGAAUUUAAGAAAUGCAGGAUAUGCAAGGACACAGUUCACCAAGCUCACUCAAACUACUGUCAAGGAUGUGCAUAUAAGAAAGGCAUUUGUGCAAUGUGUGGUAAGAAGAUAUUGGACACUUCAUCAUAUCGACAGUCGUCAGCUUAGAUACAUAGUUACUAAGCAGGCAGCUUUGAACGCUGGUGACAGAAGACAUUUAUCAUGGAAGGAAGCACAUGAGCUCUCUGGGAGUGAAAGGGAGGCAUUUAACACACACAUAUCCACCAUUUUAUUCUCUCAUGGCUGAAAAAAUCUUCUUUACUUUCUAGUAAGUGACUUGGUUAUAACCAAACAUAUUUGCAUGGAGUUUUAUUGGCAAGUUCUGUUCAGAGCGAGGUUUGGUAGCAUAUCAUAGUCAUUGUAAAACAGAAAACCUUAGCUGUAUUGUGGUACACAUUUUUCCCAUCUUCCAAUAUUAUUCAUUUUGAGUAUAAAAUUGCUCAGUCUUGUGAAUCCCUAUUUGCAUGCUAGCCUGACCACAAAGCAAUAGAAAUACCCUGAAAAAUAAUAAAAACUAGAAGUAUCUUCAAGAUAGUGAAGUGCUCGGAGAUUGGAUUGUGAGAUCACGGGCUCUAGGAUAAUUUUACUCCAAAGUAUUGUGUAAUGCCUUGUUAGUGUUUAAUAAACUACGCAUUUCCUUCCUCUA